CCGCCUGUAUCUCCUAAACCCUGAGCGGUCAGUCAGUCACUCACGCAAAGCUGUUUGGAAGCCACGAAAACGGGUUGCCGGAAAGCACACAGCCAAAGCAUCAAAUGACUGAAAACGUAAAACACUGUUUAGAUACUUCUGUUGCAUCUCUUGACAGACCUUCCAAGAUUCCAAAAACCCAAGACCUCACCGUCGACGACGAAGACGGAGAAGAAUUGCAGGAAUCGGGUGUUAUUGCUCAAUUAAUGAGUCCAAAUCCUAGACUUCAACGCUAUUUGAUUGCUGUUGAGUAUAUUGGUACCCGAUUCGCCGGUUCCCAGAAGCAGCUGAAUUGCAGAACCGUGGUUGGGGUCCUUGAGGAGGCUUUUCAUAAAUUUAUCGGCCAGCCAGUAUCAAUCUCCUUGUCUAGUCGAACUGAUGCAGGAGUACAUGCCUUGUCGAAUGUUUGUCAUGUUGAUGUUGAACGCAUAAGCAAAAGGAAGCCGGGUGAAGUGUUACAGCCACAUGAACCAUCAGUAGUUAGAAGAGCUGUGAACCAUUUCUUGCAGAAGAAUGAAGGUGAUAUUACAGUGGUUGAUGUUCGAUGUGUUCCAGCUGAUUUCCAUGCGAGAUAUAAAGCUUGCGAGCGCACGUAUUUCUACCGACUUCUCUCUGGACCGGAGCCUUUGUCUACCUUCGAGAAAGACAGGGCGUGGCAUGUGCCUGAGGAGCUGGAUCUUGUUGCUAUGCAGGAAGCAUGCAAAGUUCUUGUUGGACAUCAUGAUUUCAGUUCAUUCAGGGCAUCUGGUUGCCAGGCAAAAUCACCAAUCAGAACUUUGGAUGAACUUUCUGUUCUUGAGGUGGCUUCAACACUGUAUUUUCCAUCUACAAUGGCAGGAGGCUCCUAUGGUGAGAUUGAAUUAGGGUUUGGGAUGAGGAGAAAACACCAUUGCUAUGUUGUAACAGCACGUGCCCGCUCCUUUCUUUAUCACCAGGUUCGACUGCUCGUUGGUGUUCUCAAAUCUGUUGGCACUGGAAAUCGAACAAGUUCAGAUGUGGAACGAAUACUGAACGCUAAGUCUGUGACUGAAGCAAGUCCCAUGGCCCCAGCUUGUGGUCUCUACCUUGGACAUGUAAAGUAUGAUCUACCGUGACUGGCAGUAAAUUAGGGUUUCUUCAGAAACAUCUCAUGAACUUCCGCAUUUGAUACAUCAAGGAUUUUUUGUUCCGCAGUGAUGCUUCCACUGCAACUUUAGAGCUGAGUACAAUGUAACGUAGGGUUGACAUUAUCUUCUUUGCUUGCUGGAGGUCUCUUCAAGUUUGUUUUCAAAAGCAUGUAAAACAUUGUCAUCUAUUUACUGCAAUUUUCAAAUCUGUAACAAUAUGCGUUACUUCAAAGUAAAAACACAUGGACACAAGGAAAUAGUGGCAUUUUUGAAUCAA